AUCCAAACCAAACCCAACUCGCCACUCCGGAGUUUUCCGACUAAAAGAUUUCAUUCAAGACCCACAAAUAUUUUUAUUCUGUUUGGUUGUCGAGAAAAAGCGAGAAACAACGAGAGAAGAAAGUGACAGAAAACAACACAGAUACUGAAUCAAAAUGAGUAGUGGCUUUGCAGCUUCAGCUUCAGCUUCCGGACCCAUCGUUUCUUACUUGCCAUCUAAAUCCAAAACUCACAGUAGCUACACCUACACAUCGAGCUUCUUCAAUCCUGGUACUAUAUCCUCCUCAGAUUUCAAGCUCAGAGGCGUUAGAUUUUCCAGAACAAAGGAAACCCAGAUAAAAAAAGGAGUUUGUAAUAGUAGCACGAGACCCGGGGGUCCUGGUUCUGGUGAUAAUGAAAGCAGAAGUGUUCUUGAUGCAUUUUUCUUGGGAAAAGCUCUAGCAGAAGCCUUAAACGAGCGCAUUGAGUCAACAGUUGGGGAGUUUUUGAGUACAAUUGGUCGACUGCAAUCUGAGCAACAAAAGCAAGUACAGGAGUUCCAAGAAGAUGUAUUGGAAAGAGCUAGAAGAGCCAAAGAGAAAGCAGCAAGGGAAGCCAUGGAGACUCAAGGACUGAUUUCCAGGUCUGUUACAGUAGGGACCACAACAGUUAAUAAUGGGAUUACCUCAGGUACCUCUUCCUUAACUAGCAAUGAUGUAAGUCCAAUAGAUCAACCAUUUUCGGCUGACUCUACUCCCUCAGCUGCUGAUAUGGAACGAGAUAUUACCAAUCAAAAUCCAGUUUCAAGGUUAUCAAAUGAAGACUGAUUUAAUCUUCUUUUGUAUCUGAUAUGAUGUUAUCUGACCAUGUCAACUCUCAUCCAUAAAGUUAUAUUGAUAAGUCUAUAAAGGCACAGAGCUUUUUCUUAA